AUAAUCCUGAGCAAUAUUGCUUUGAUAAUGACGUAAUUCUCUACUAUUUUCAGCAAACAGUAGAAAUGGAUUCUUUCUUUAGUCUCUUUGAUCCUAACUCUUGCACUGAAUGCACCAAUAAUGAGGACUUUGCAUUGGAUAAUAUGAACAAUCAACUAGCUCUUCCACCUGAGCCACAAUUGGGAAAUGUUGAGUAUAAGCUGAAAAUUGUGAAUCCCACUAAGCAACGUUUUGAACAUCUGGUAACACAGCUCAAAUGGCGUUUACGUGAGGGUAAUGGGGAAGCAAUCUAUGAAAUUGGAGUGGAAGAUAGUGGUAUCUUAGCAGGAUUGACCAAAAGAGACAUGACUGCUAGCUUACAAACUCUCAAGCAAAUGGCAAUAAAACUUGGUGCAACAACAACAAUCCUUAGAGAAAGAGUUCUUGAUAAUGGACGCAGUGUUGCAGAAGUCCUUGUCAGAAAGAUACCAGAUGAUCAGAAUAAUAUAGAAAUACGGGUAGCUGUACUAGGAAAUGCUGAUGCUGGAAAAUCCACUUUGCUAGGGGUCUUAACACAAGGAAGUUUGGAUAAUGGUAGAGGCAGAGCUAGAUUGAAUAUGUUUAGACACUUGCAUGAGAUUCAGAGUGGAAGAACUUCCUCCAUAUCUCAUGAAAUUCUUGGGUUCAACUCACAAGGGCAACCUAUAAAUUAUAGCUACAGUGAACUAAUCACUGCUGAGGAAAUUUGUGACUCUUCCACAAAACUUGUUACAUUUUUGGAUCUUGCUGGACACAAAAAGUAUAUAAGGACAACAAUCCAAGGGUUAUCUGGCUAUUCUCCUCAUCAUGCCAUGCUUGUGAUAUCUAGUAGUGCAGGAGCUGUAGGUAUGGCACAUGAGCAUCUGGCCAUAGCCAUUGCACUGAAUGUCCCAUUUUUCAUUGUAAUAACGAAGACAGAUCUGGUCCAACCUACUAGCACCCUACAGGGACUUGAAUCUUUUCUAAAGCAAGUAGGAAGUCGCAGGGUACCUUUGGUGAUCAAAAACUUGGACGAUGUCAUUACUGCUGGCGCAAAUCAACUUACCGAAAAUGUAGUACCGAUAUUUUGUGUGUCCAGUGUUAGUGGAGAGGGAUUAGAGUUGUUGUUGAAGUUUCUACAUGUUUUACCACCAGGUAUCAGUUUGAAGGAAAAAGAACGUCUGGAACAGGAAUCUCCAGAGUUUCACAUAGACGAGAACUUCAAAGCCGGCGACGUAGGUCAAAUUCUCGGUGGGCUCUUGACCAAAGGGGUGAUCACAGAAGGAACCAAGAUGCAAAUCGGCCCGAUGAAAGACGGUGCCUUCCAAAAAGUGACGAUCAAGUCAAUCCAUCGGAACCGAGUACCAUGCAGAAUGGUACGGGCAGGCCAAAGCGCUGCUGUCUGUCUGGACAUCUACGUACCUAACCUACGUAACGGUCUGGUUUUAUUGAACGUAGAAGAACACGCCGAAGGGAGCUUGUUUUUCCAAGCGAACGUGUCAGUUUUAUUCCACGCCACUGCCAUCCAUCCUGGCUUUCAAACAACGGUUCAUAUCGGGAAUAUUCGGCAAACGGCGGUCGUUAUCGGCAUUUGUUCCUCGCAGUGCAUCCAUACAAACGAGCGGGAUUCGGUUCUUUUCAAGUUCAAGUUGCAUCCGGAGUAUAUAACGGUGGGGCAGAGGUUGUUGUUCAGGGAAGGGUCCGCUAAAGGGAUAGGCGAAAUCACUCAGAUAUUCCCACUGCAUCCUUAAAUUAAUUCGUUUCUUCUGGGGGAAAUCAAGUAGAAUUGCUCUCAUUGUUUAUAUUCAAAGAUUUUGAAUAUUUGAUUGUUCCAAGGUUACAGUCGACAGGUCCGCAAAAGAAAGCGUCCCAAAUUGACGGAGCAAUGCGACACUGUCGAUUCAAUGGCGUUAGAAUUUAUUUUCAAAUUUCUGAAAAGAAUGGAUUUCUAAAGGUAGUUACUUCUAGUAUAAAACUGUGUUAAUUGGAAAUAUUGCAAUAAUAUUGAUUUAUUUUAUUUUUUGAAGUCGUCUAUGAAGUGAAGAGAUUAUGUGCUAUCACAGUGGUUAAAAUCAACUUGUUCAUCAACAUUCAGAAUCUUGCAAAUUUCAUUUUUAUCAUUUGACUUGAACAUUUCAAAAAACAUGAUCAAAGAAAAAAAGUUAAUUUAGUAUUAUAAGUGCUUGAGCAGGUUGUGUGUGCCUCCUAAAAUUAAACCUCUCCUUCAACUCUUUAAUUUCUAGAUUUCAAAAAAUUUUGAAUGCAGAUUGAAAUGACUUUUUAUAUACAUUAAUUCAAGAUGGAUAUCAACAUUAAUUUUUUAAAUGGAAAACCACGUAUAUUUUGAUAUUUUCUUUGAGAUCUUUUCUUUCUGCCUUUAAAUAUUAAUGUAUAAUAUGCAGCCGUAAUAGUUUCCAAGAUAUUGGACCAUGAAAAUUAUCUGAAUAUGCUUUGGCUAUCGAGAUACAAUGUUGUCAUAGAUAGGUAAUGCAUAUUUAUAGCAUUUUUAGGCCUGUUAACCCAUUAUAUUUUUGAAUUCAGAAUGAAAAUAUCAAGACAUAUAAAAAUAUUUUUUAAAUAUCAAAAUUGAUGUUCAUUACGGUAAAUCGGAAACAUUGUGUAUAAAAAGAUAUUAGGAAAUGAAAACUCAAACUGUUUAAGCAACUUUUGUAUUGAAAAUUUUUUUUUAACUUUCUG